CUUAAUUCUAAAGGUUAAAUACCAUGAAAUUCCCUCUUAUUAGCACUAUUUACUUAGUUAAUUUUUCAACUCCGGAUACGCCACAGCAAUGUUGUGAUUUUGGUGCAGGACACGUUUGAGAAGACCGAGAGACGGCAUGCUGUCAGGUGUUCGGGUUUGUGUCCGCUCUCUGUGUAAAGGUUGGUCGGUCCGUGGCAUGAGCUUGUCGCCGCGUCAGAUCAGCCGAUGGCAGAACGAUGAUGAAUCCUCCGAGCCUCCCACAGACAGGCCUCGCGCCCUCAUCACAGGUGGUCUGGGACAGCUUGGAGUUGGACUGGCUCAAAUGCUGAGGCAGCAGUAUGGCAAGGAAAAUGUCAUUCUGUCGGACAUUAGGAGGCCUCCCGCUGAGGUUUGUGAGAUGGGUCCGUUUGUGUACGCUGACGUGCUGGACUAUAAAAACCUGAGGGAGCUAGUUGUAAAUAACAGAAUCACCUGGCUGGUGCAUUACAGUGCAUUGCUUAGUGCAGUUGGGGAAGCUAAUGUAGCUCUCGCCCGCACCAUCAACAUCACAGGUCUGCAUAAUGUGUUAGAUCUUGCUCUGGAGAACUGCUUGCGACUGUUUGUGCCCAGUACCAUUGGAGCAUUCGGCCCUUCAUCUCCCCGUGACCCGGCUCCUGAUCUCUGUAUACAGAGACCUCGCACCAUUUAUGGAGUUUCCAAAGUCCAUGCAGAGCUGAUGGGGGAAUAUCUCCACCAUAAAUACGGUCUGGAUUUCCGAUGCUUGCGAUAUCCCGGAGUUGUCUCUGCCAACACCAAGACAGGUGGAGGCACUACUGACUAUGCUGUCCAGAUCUUUCAUGAUGCCCUCAGCACAGGCCACCAUGAAUGUAACUUGCGUGCCAACACUCGGCUUCCCAUGAUGUACAUCUAUGACUGCCACAGGGCCACCAUAGAGUUCAUGCAGGCCCCUGAAAGCAGACUGUCUCUACGUACUUACAACAUUGCAGCCAUGAGCUUUACACCUGAGGAAGUGGCAGAAGAGAUCCGCAAACACCUGCCCCACCUGAGGGUCAUGUACAAUCCUGAUACCAUUCGGCAGACUAUUGCAGACAGCUGGCCAGUGCGAAUUGAUGACUCUAAUGCACGUCAGGAUUGGGGCUGGAAGCCUGCAUACAGUCUGUCAGAGCUGGUCACAGACAUGCUGGCCUCUAUCCAUGAAAAGAGAACCAAUGCAGGGCUACCUGUCAGCUAGCAGGUCCUCUGAAGGGCUGUAACACAGAUCACUAGUAUUCUGGAUCCCUCUGCCAACUACAUUUCUAAACUCAUUCAUCUUAAAUGGGGAGCUGGUUUUUUUUUAGUGCAGGAAACUCCAUGAGAUAAUAAGAGAGCUGUUAACACUGACAGUCCUCCACAAACUUAUGCUUGUGAAGAAAAACAAUUUGUCUUUUUUCACUUUAGUGAAAAGGGUCAUUAGUGCUCUAGACCACUCUAUGCAUUGUGUGCAUUAGGAAGUGAAGAGACUGUAUUAAUGUGAACACAGACAUGAGCAGAAAAGGUUUUAAACCACUAAUAGCUUUAGUAUGAAUCAAAAGAUGACAGUGCCUUCCUGAAGUUGGCUGGAAAGAGUGAAAAUCACAGUUGAUUGAGUCUGGGGUUUGGUUAAACCCACAUUUCUCUAGGCUUUAUCAUUUAGAGGCCUCUGUAUUUAGCUGUGAUGACAGGGUCUGGAUUCUCAAUGCAUAGUUUAGUGGUGUGAAAUAAAAACUUAAUCACUCAGCAUUGCUGAUGUGUUAUUAUUAUAAACUGUGAUGAGAGCCAAAGAGGCCUAUUUACAAUAGAAUAUGCAUAGAAUAAGUUUUUGAUUUGUUUUUGUUUUUUGCCUGAAAGUCAAAAAGUCUUAUUUUGCCUUCUAAAGACAAUUGAAAAAUUACUUUUAAAUAGACACAAUGUAGAAUUACUUCCUAAAAAGGGUGUGAUUCAAAACAAAUGCAUAUUGUGUUGUCUGCCUUAAUUUUCUGCAUUAUAUAACCUCAAAAGUUUUUAAAUUGUCUAAUUCAGAACUGGUGGAAAAUUACAGUGCAUGUUAAAUAAAUUGCUUUAAUAUAGCAUAGACUUUGUGAAUCUUUUCAGUGUUGCUGUAAAAUGAAUCAUGUUUUUGUUGGAAAACAAGUAAACAAUAUAUGAAACAGAAAAUAAACAAAUAAAUAAAUAGACAGGAAACAUAAGAAGGAGAGGAGUAGAAGGAAGCAAGUUAAAACAAUGGAACAACAUUGUUGAUUCAGAAAUGUAACAUUCUAAAAUCCUUGGCCCAGUUGCAAGAAACCGCUAAAGGGAUAGUUCACCCCAAAAUUGAAAUCCUCUCAUCAUU